UUGAGAGACAGAAAGCCUUAGUAACCGAGGCCGGCCUGGGAUUGGCUGUCGGUUACCAAGUCGUGCGACUUUAAGAGAGCGGACAGCGAGUGCAGGGGGGCCGGGGGAGAGUCUGACACCAGGGGGGAAAGAAGUGCUGAGGCGGCGGCGUCCAGGCCGGGGAGGAAACAGGGUCGGAAAGUAAUGAGAUAGUGUGAACGGGACAAGAGGAUUAUCCGGGGGCGAUGCCAGAGGAAGAAGCGCCCUCCCUGUGAUCCGGGGAUGGAGAAUCAGGAGCUGAUCAGCGCCGCGGAGAUUAUCAAGGACCGCUUGUACUUUGCAACCUUGAGGACCAAACCAAAAAGUACCGUAAAUACUCACUAUUUCUGCACCGAUGAGGAGCUGGUCUACGAAAAUUUCUAUGCAGAUUUUGGGCCUUUGAACCUCGCAUUGCUCUACAGAUACUGCUGCAAACUCAACAAAAAGCUCAAGUCCUUCAGCUUGUCAAGGAAGAAGAUCGUCCACUACACCAGCUAUGACCAGAGAAAAAGAGCCAACGCGGCCUUCCUGAUCGGAGCGUACGCGGUCAUCUAUUUGAAGAAGACUCCAGAAGAGGCCUAUAGAGCCCUGCUAAGUGGUACCAGCCCCCAGUACCUCCCUUUCAGAGAUGCUUCAUUCGGAAACUGCACCUAUAACCUCACUAUCCUGGACUGUUUGCAGGGAAUCCGUAAGGCUUUGCAUCUUGGAUUUUUUAACUUUGAAAACUUUGAUGUGGAUGAAUAUGAACAUUAUGAGAGAGUGGAAAACGGGGAUUUCAACUGGAUUGUCCCAGGGAAAUUUCUGGCGUUCAGUGGGCCUCACCCGAAAAGCAAAAUUGAAAAUGGUUACCCCCUCCACGCCCCAGAAGCUUACUUUCCAUAUUUCCGAAAAAACAACGUCACCGCCAUCAUCCGCCUCAACAAGAAGAUUUACGACGCCAAGCGUUUUACGGACGCCGGGUUCGAUCACUACGACCUGUUCUUCGUAGACGGCAGCACACCCAGCGAUGGCAUAGUGCGCAGAUUCCUGAACCUCUGUGAGAAUACGGAAGGCGCCAUCGCUGUUCACUGCAAAGCUGGUCUGGGCAGGACGGGGACCCUGAUCGCUUGUUAUAUCAUGAAGCACUACAGGUUCACCCAUGCUGAAGCAAUAGCGUGGAUUAGAAUAUGUCGACCCGGUUCCAUCAUCGGACCUCAGCAACACUUCCUGGAAGAGAGGCAGGCCUGGCUGUGGCUGCAGGGGGAUCUACACAGGAGUAAACAGAAACAGAUCCAGCUGGAGGACGGGACCGUGAACCGGAUCUUGUCUGAGUUUGAAGAUUUGUCCCUGAGCAGCCGGAUCAGUCGGCAUCACAGUAUGGAUCGAUCAGGAGAGAUCGACUCCGACGAUGAAUUGGGACAGAAAAACGGUUUGACGCAGGGAGACAAAUUACGUGCCUUAAAGAGCAGAAGACAGCCAAGGUCGGCAACCACAGGAGCCCUAAGGCUAGAAGAAAUGAAGCCGCACACAAGAUCUACGUCACAGCCUUUCAGAAUAAUCCCCUCUAACAGCGCACAGGGCUCCAUGUCCCCCCUGAAGACAUCGAGGGUCUCUGCAGCCACAUCAGCAGUUGCCAGAAGAGUGGCUCAGAGUUCAGGACCCUCGGCCAGCAAAGUCAAAAGUUAUUCUGUAAGCUCACGGUACGCUGGCUCGCUUGGGAAUCUGAACUCUGCUCUGGAAGACAUAGACAGCUCUCGCAAUUCCUCUCCCUCCCGCCCCAACUACUCCCCGGCUUACCCUUCCAGCUUGUACCCCUCCAGUCCUCAUGGCCGAAGCCAAGGCGAGCUCAACAACAACCGCAACUGGAAUGUGUCUACCGCUGGCAAUGAUUCCUAUGGAUCCUCCCGACCCUCAUACACAGGCCUCACUUCCACUGCACGCUACCUGAGCCGCUCCAUUCCUUCCCUUCAGUCUGAAUCUGUUCAGUUCUAAAGGCGCCCAGGCCGCUGUUAACCCUUUCCACGCCAUGAAUUCUUUGCCGUGGAAAAACUGAAGCGAAACAAAUAAUAAAAAAAAAAAAAAAAUCGUUAGUCCGCAUUGCACCUGAAGCUUGGUAAAAGCCAACGAAAAGCACGAUAUGCACCCACUACUGACCCAUAGAUGACUCUGCUACUGACUGUUGUCAUUUUUUUAUUGUUAUCUCCAAUUAUUAUUAUUAUUAUGUUUUUUGUUUUUUUUUGUGAACUGGAUUUUUAUAUUGAAUUUAUUUUAUUAUUAUUAUUAUUAUUUUUUUUUUUUGUGUGUAGAAUUUAGUGCUGAUUUGUAUAUAUUUGGUCUGAAAUAACGAAUGAGUAAUA